GCGUGCAAUGAAGGCCGAUGGGCGCUAGAUGGCGGUAGAAGCUGUAACAUUACCCACAAAAAAAACAGGAAGCCCACGAAGACAAGACAGCACAGCUUGUUAGCUUGAAGGAAAACUAAGUUACAUUUUUUUCUUCUGAUUUUGGAUAUAUCAACAGGUACGCUGGAAUUUUCUGAUACCCACUCGGACAUGUCCUAUGUCUUCAUCAACGAUUCGUCGCAGACCAACGUGCCUCUGCUGCAGGCCUGCAUCGAUGGAGACCUGCCUUUCGCCAAGAGGCUUCUCGAGACGGGAUGCGACCCCAACAUCCGUGACAACAGGGGCCGCACCGGCCUGCACCUAGCCGCCGCCCGGGGGAACGUGGACAUAUGCCGCCUCCUGCACAAGUUCGGGGCAGAUCUGUUGGCGACUGAUUAUCAAGGAAACACGGCGCUGCAUCUGUGCGGCCACGUGGAUACGAUACAGUUCCUGGUGUCCAACGGGCUGAAGAUUGAUAUCUGCAACCACAACGGCUCCACUCCUCUGGUGCUGGCCAAGAGACGCGGCGUCAACAAGGACGCCAUUCGUCUGCUGGAAGGCCUGGAGGAGCAGGAGGUGAAAGGCUUCAACAGAGGGCCCCACUCCAAACUGGAGAGCAUGCAGAUGGCCGACAGCGAGAGUGCCAUGGAGAGCCACUCUUUACUCAACCCCAACCUGCAGAGCAGCGAGGGCGUCCUGUCGAGCUUCAGGACCACUUGGCAGGAGUUUGUGGAGGAUCUGGGCUUCUGGAGGGUCCUGCUCCUGCUGCUGGUCAUCGCUCUCCUCUCCCUGGGGAUCGCCUACUACGUCAGCGGGGUCCUGCCUUUCUCCACCAGCCAGCUGGAGCUCGUGCACUGAGGAGGCGACGAACAAGCAUGGCAUCAUAACAUACACAUAUAUAAACAAGUGAAGUUCUGCUCGGAGCUGUUUGUACCACAACACGUCCAGAUUUUUGUUUAUUUGCAGCCCAGGUCCCAUCUUUUUCUUUGUUGUCACGAUAGGGAAACAUCAUAAUGUGUGAUUAGCAAAAAUAAUAUAUUGCUAAGAAGAAGUGAUGCAGAAGAGCAAAAGUCGGCUCCUCCUUUAGAAAACCGACUUGCAGGCUUGAGUUGAUUCAUAGAAGGACCUGAAAGUGUCAACUCAUUCGGGGACUGAAAAAGUUGUUUCAGUGUUGUGAUGGCGUCCCCUGAAAGGUGAAAUGACAGGAUGUGACACGUCAGUGAGAUAAUAUUAUAGCAGCACAUUUCCUUAUUUCCAUAGCCUCUGUUACAAGCUGUAUAUCGCCAGUAUUUUUGUACCUUUCAUUUGCUUCCUUAUCUGAUCUUUCAGUUGUGUUAUUUAUCAAAUAUCUUCUGUGAUAAUUUCCCUGUUUUGCUGUACGUUUUGUCAGUCCUGCACCCACACCUGUCGUGUAAUCCCUCAUCAUCAUCAUCAUCAUCUUAUCCUGUCUGCUUUCUCCUCUCACUCUGUGCAGGAUUGUUGUAUCGCCUGCUUUCGUAUUGAUUAUUAGCGAAGCACCUUGACUGUGUGCCUUUUGACAGAAAGCGUCCAUGUUGAUGAAGACAUUCCCGCCUGAAGCAUGCAGCUUUGUUGCUUUCAGAUAUCUGAACUGUGGGAUUAUUAUGCUAUUAACGAUUGUUGUUUUGUUGUAUGUCUAUUUUUACCUUUGUAAACCAUGUAGAUUUAAUUUGUUGUUGUUGUUUCCACUGUUUAUUUUCCGUGUACAGUAGCACAUUUGGAAUAAAUCCUUAUUUAAUGUGAAAACUGA